ACCCAAGUCGAUAUAAAAAUAAGUAAAUAAAAACACACAAACCGUCUCUCAGGUUCACAAUUCGAUCACCGCCUGCGAGGGUUUUCAGAGCUUUCCGUCCGUCAUCUCAGCCGAUCGGAAAAAUGGUGUACAUAAUCUCAUGGGACGAUUUCGUUGAACAAUCCGUACAGUUAUUCCGCUCUAAUCCCCAUGACACUCGUUAUUCGAUGAAAUACAGACAUUCUGAUGGUAAAUUAGUCCUUAAAGUUACUGAUGAUAAACAGUGUCUCAAGUUUAAGACGGACCAAGCACAAGAUGCUAAGAAGAUGGAGAAGCUCAAUAACAUAUUCUUUACCCUCAUGGCUCGGGGUCCUGAAACUGAUAUAACUGAAGUCACUGGGAAAGAACAAACAGCACAACCUGCAAAGAGAGGAAGGGGAAGGAAGCAAUAACUUGCGUUACAAUGUGCAGGUUUCAAGUCAUUGGAUUGUUGGUUUUCUGGACUUCUCAAUGGUUUUAACAAAACCCUAUUUCUUUAGAUAUUCAAAAUAGUAAAGUUAGUUCUUUUUGUGAUGUAUGAAUUGGAUAGAUUGAAAUGCAGAAUCCGAGUCUUAUUUUUAAAUGGAAGUUUUCUUUGACCA